AUGGAGAAGAGAAAAGCUGAAGAGGAGCUGGAUAAGGUGGUGGAGCUGGCUCCAGAGGUGAAGAAAGCUGCGACAGUGGCAGCAGCAGAAAACAUCACCCAAGCCGAGGUGGCUUGGUGCGGUAUUCGUGCUGGCGCAUAUGGUGAGAAGGGCAUGCGACGGCAAAUGGAGGAUGAAACUGUAAUUUGCGCAUCGCUGGCUGAGCUGGUACCUCAACUCGCCCCAGAGCGGAACUUUGCCCUUUUUGGGAUCUUUGACGGCCACGGUGGCAAGCAGGUGGCAGAAUUUGUUAGAACCUACUUGGCUCCUGAGCUAGCGAGUGCUUAUGCCAAUGACGAGCCCAAGCAGGGUCCGAUUGCGGACAAGAGGCUCAUGAAGGUCACGGAGGCGGUGUUCCAACGAAUGGACUCGCGGAUCGCAACGGAACUUGCAGGUGCUUACGAUGGUUGCACUGCGAACGUGGUGUUAGCAAACGCGGAGAAAAUGAUCUCCAUUAACCUUGGCGAUAGUAUGGCUUACCUUUGUCGUCGAAAGGAUGUCGAUGACCAAGAGGACACACUUUGCAUUCCCUUGCAGCAGAGGCAGCACAAGUGCUGGAUGAUGAAGGAGAAGGAGCGUAUCCUGAGGUCGGGUGGGGCUGUGGAGAACGGCCGCAUCAACGGGAUCCUCGAGGUUUCUCGUGCCUUCGGUGAUUUGACACUGAAGAAGUUCGGAGUGCUGUGCACGCCGGAGUACAUGAAGUUCCAGAUGGACAGGGAGAAGGAUCGCUUUGUCAUUCUGGCCUGCGAUGGUUUUUGGAAUGCAUGGACAGCCGCAGAAGCACUUGAAUACACGCACAGCCUUGUGGCCAACGAGGAGGGUCGUGCUGAGCUCGAAGCAGAUUCCAUCGACAUUCGAGGUGUCUGCAAGGAGUUGGUGCAGCACGUUAUUGAAGAGAAGAAGGCGCAGGACAACGUCAGCGUCGUUGUCCUGCAUAUCAUGCCGCAGGCAGAGUGA